AGACUGUUUAUUAUUCAGUUGGCCAGAAUUAAGUCUGUUUUGGAUAACUGUAAGACUAAUAUGACAAGGUUGUAGAACUCUGUUGACUUUACCAUUGACAACCUUAUGGCAGUUAGAGCAGCUGCUCUGAGAAAGAGUGCAAGCAGCAUUUGCCGUAGAAGACCAGUCCCCAUUAUUCAAGAUGUCCUGAGCCCUAGGGGAGCGUCAAAGGACUUUUGGCUUCCUGAUUAUAGCCUUCUCCAGCAGUGCUUUAACAGAGUCAAACUUUCCAGAAAUGGAUGAAGGCCAUUAAAAAAUUACAACGGCUAUCUCUGAAGUAAGGAGGCAGCAGGAGGCGAUAGUAGCUGGAAUAUAGUCUGGGGAACCAUUAGUUAAAUUUGUUCUCAGUUUCACCCUAGAUGUACCCACAUUUGUGAAGUCCUUCUGUGAUGGUAUUAAGGUUUCAUCAAUAAAUGAGGGUAUAGGCAGUGUAAUCACAUUUUCCAAGGAGGGCUUUGAUUGAAGAUGAAGAGAAUUUCUUCCUCUUAAAGGUUCGACUCCCAGAUUGGAUACUGAAGAUUCAGUAGAGGAGUGGGGAACCAGAAAGCAACCAACAUUACUGACUAACAAAGAGAUUAAGCAGGCUAUUGAUUUCCUGAAGCAAACUGAACUGAGAGCAACAGGACUGCAACUCGGAGAAAGAAGCACCAUGAGCACUGCAGGCAAAGUCAUUAAAUGCAAAGCUGCUGUUGCCUGGGAGAUUAAGAAGCCCCCGAGCAUUGAACAAAUUGAAGUUGCUCCACCAAAGGCCCAUGAAGUUCGCAUUAAGAUUUUGGCUGUUGGGAUCUGUCGCUCAGAUGACCAUGUGCUCACUGGUGCACUUGCUGCACCUUUUCCAUUGGUUAUGGGCCAUGAAUCAGCUGGCGUCGUGGAGAGCAUUGGAGAGGGAGUUACUUCUGUGAAACCAGGAGACAAGGUAAUCCCACUCUUUAUUCCACAAUGUGGAAAAUGCCGCACUUGCCGAAGUGCCAGGGGCAACCUGUGCACUGAAAAUUUCCUUGGCAGAAAUAGUGGAUUAAUGUGUGAUGGCACCACCAGAUUUACUUGCAAAGGAAAAAGCCUUCACCAUUUCAUGGGCGUCAGCAGUUUCAGUGAAUACACCGUUGUGCAUGAGAAUGCAGUGGCCAAAAUUGAUGAUGAUGCCCCUUUGGAAAAAGUGUGCCUGAUUGGCUGUGGAUUUUCCACUGGUUAUGGAGCCGCUGUUCAAACAGCUCAGGUGGAACCUGGAUCUACCUGUGCUGUCUUUGGCUUGGGAGGAGUGGGUCUCUCCACAGUCAUGGGCUGCAAGGCUGCAGGAGCUUCCCGGAUCAUUGCGGUUGACAUCAACAAAAGCAAAUUUCCCAAAGCUAAAGAGAUGGGAGCCACUGAGUGUGUCAACCCUCUGGAUUUCAAGAAGCCCAUCAAUGAAGUGUUGUUUGACAUGACUGGUGGUGAAGGUGUCGACUACUCAUUUGAAGUGAUUGGGCGCAUAGAUACAAUGACUGCUGCCCUGGCUUCCUGCCACAACAAUAUUGGAACCAGCGUGAUUGUGGGAGCGCCUCCUCCAGAUUCUCAGUUCAACUUAGACCCAAUGCUGCUUUUCACAGGCCGCACCUGGAAAGGAUCUGUGUUUGGCGGCUGGAAGACCAGAGAUUAUAUCCCCAAACUGGUUUCUGAUUUCAUGGGGAAGAAAUUCAUGCUGGAUCCAUUAAUUACUCACACACUACCUUUUGACAACAUUAAUGAAGGAUUUGAACUGCUCCGGACAGGAAAGAGCAUCCGCACUGUCUUGACAUUUUAAGAUCUUCAAGCAUCAGGGGAAACGACAGAAUGACCAUCAGCAGCUGAAGCUCCUUCUCUAGAAUAUUGAUACUCAACCUUGUAUGCUGUGUUUGGUUCCUCCAGUUCUCUCCCCAUAUUGCUCAGUGAACCAAAUGAAUGCUGAAAACCCCUGAAGCCAAUUAUUUUAUAAAGAAUAGGCUGAUUUGGAUGAGAUUGGCCCACCUGUGCGAAUGUGGCACAAAUAUGCAUGUAUUUCCCUCUGGUAUGUCAUUCCUUAAUCAUGUAUAGGAACUAUUUGUAUGGAUCACCUACAUGGAAGUACUACAUGGACUAUGAAACAGUAUUUGGAGCAUGUGUAGAGGAGUGGUUCAGACACACCACACACCCCACUUGAUUAAAGAACAGUGCUGGGGGAAGGGGUGCUAUGUGCAUGUUCAUGGCACACUCACUUCUUAAUCAUGUUCAUGGGCCUGUGGGGUGAAGUGUCUUCUGAACUGGCCUGCUAAUGAAGAUUAAUAUGAAGUGCAGUCUUAUGGCUUCAUAACAAUGUGCCCCAGGGCUGCUGCAGACUCAGAACAUAGCCCUUAAUGCUGCCUGCACAUUCUGCCAUUUCCCCAGUGAAUGUUUGCGAAUGGAGAACAUAAGAAAAAGCCCUGCUGGAUCAGGCCCAAGGCCCAUCUAGUCCAGCAACCUGUUUCACACAGUGGCCCACCAUAUGCUGCUGGAAGCCACAGGCAGGAGUUGAGGGCGUGCCCUCUCUCCUGCCAUUACUCCCUUGCAACUGGUUCUCAGAGCCAUCCUGCCCCUGAGGCUGGAGGUGGUCUUCAGCCCUCCGACUAGUAGCCAUUGAUGGACCUCUCCUCUAUGAAGUUAUCCAAACCCCUCUCAAAGCCAUCCAGGUUGUUGGCUGUCACCAUGUCCUGUGGCAGAGAGUUCCACAAGUGGAUCACACGUUGUGUGAAAAAGUGCUUCCGUUUGUUGGUCCUAGACCUCCUGGCAAUCAAUUUCAUGGAGUGACCCCUGGUUCUAGUGUUGUGUGAGAGGGAAAAGAAUUUUUCUCUCUCCAAUUUCUCCAAACCAUGCAUGAUUUUAUAGACCUCUAUCAGGUCUCCCCGCAGUUGUCUUUUUUCUAAACUAAAAAGCCCCAGGUGUUGUAAUCUUGCCUCAUAAGAAAGGUGCUCCAGGCCCCUGAUCAUCUUGGUUGCCCUCUUCUGCACCUUCUCCAGUUCAACAAUGUCCUUUUUAAGAUGUGGUGACCAGAAUUGUAUGCAGUACUCCAAGUGUGGUCGCACCAUAGUUUUGUAUAAGGGCAUUAUAAUAUUAGCUGUUUUAUUUUCAAUCCCCUUCCUAAUAAUCCCUAGCAUUGAAUUUGCCUUGCAUUGAAUAUUUGGAGGAGAUGGCGAAAGCCCUUCUUGCACUACUGCCCAUUCUUAGGGUUUGCUUCCAAGUCUGCCACAGCCGUGGGGCGUAGCAUUACAAAUGCUGCACAUCAUUUCAGCAUCUGUUGAUGGAGGAAGUUGAUGGAUCCAUUGAUGGAGGAAGGCCAAAUCCAGCUACAGAUAUACCCUCUUUUUGUACUUCAAAAAUAUUUCCUACACAGUGAUAUCUCUCUCCUUCCCAAUAAAGAAACAAGAGUUUCUUAAAACACAAUUCUCAAAUGUUGGUAUAACUCUGAAUUUCUUGGGGUUUUUGUUUUUGUUUUUUUUAGAACAGUCAUUUGUUUCUAUUUGCAUUCCAAGUCCAAAGAAUGACAUCUAAUAAGUAAUAAUUAUAUAAUAUUGGUUUGGCUUGGCCUUUCAGGGUUUUUAAUUUCUUGUAAAUGUUUUUAACUUGCUGUAACUUGGUUUUCCAGGGUUUUUAAAUCGUUCUGAACAUUUAACUGUUAAUUGUUUUAUGGUGUUUUAUGGUCUCUGUUUUUAAUUGUUCAUUGAUUUUGUUUUGUUUUAAUGUAAAUCGCCAUGAGCCAGUUUUGGAAGGGUGGUAUAGAAAUUGAAUUAAUAAAUAAUGAGCUGCUAAAA